CUCCCAGGCUGAAGUAGGCUCUGAUUCUAUGUUUUAUAGAAAAUUUCAAUGAAAAAUCAACAAAAUUCUGGUUUCCUUUAAUGUAUGCAUAGUUCUGAAGGUACCUCUGUGUAGCAGACAAGUGCACUCCAAAUCCCAGUAGUUCCGACUCGGAAACAGCACAGGACGCCAGGAUACCGAUGGCCAACGCGGUGGUGAGCACAACGUCGCCAAUGGCAGGGCGGCGCCUGCUCCGGGACGUGAACCGGCUCCUGGCCUCGGGCUACCACAUCGUGGCGGAUGACAACAUGGCAAACCUGAAUGUGCGAUUCGAAGGGCCACUGGGCAGCAUCUACCAGGGCGGCGUUUGGACCGUCAACUUGUCCAUGCCGCAGGAAUAUCCGCUUAAGGCUCCGCGCGUCCGCUUCGUCACCAAGAUUCUGCAUCCGAACAUUGAGUUCACAUCGGGACUUGUCUGCUUGAAUGCCUUUAAGCAGGCCUGGUCGGCCAGCUAUGACCUGGUCAAUAUCUUCGACACCUUCCUGCCGCAACUGUUGCGCCACCCGAAUCCGCAUGAUCCGCUCAAUCACCGGGCCGCGGCCAUCAUGAAGCACUCGGAGCAGCUCUUUCGCGAGCACGUCCUGGUCUGUGUGAAGAUGUACGCCCUGCCUGUGGCCACCAAUCCACGUAACCUGGUCGAGGAGGGACUCGAGAAGCAUUCCUCGGACCUAAGUCUGUCCGAUCUUUUGUCAGACGAGGACAAUGACGAUGAGGAGGGCGAUCAAGCUGGAUCUGGAGCCGGAGCUGGUGAUAGGGCUUCUGGUGGUGGUUCUGGAAAUGCUGCUGAUCCGGAAGAUGGUCCCGCUCCUGGCCCUGGAGCUGGUGAUGCCGCUGCUGCUGGGAGCAACUGUUGAAAACGAAAAACUAAGCAUUCCACUGCUUUCGUUUUUUCUUUUGUGCCUUGGUUUGUAUAUGGACAAAUUCGCUAAAUUGUAAAUAUAAUUUUUCAUCUUGUUUCCCCCCUGUUGCGGGAAUCUUUGGAAUGUUCCAUUAAGCUAGUUAGACUUAGCCCAACCGAAGAAUUUACGGGUGAAACUUAAAUUAUUAUAAAUGUUGAAUUAUUAAAAGGCAUCGGGAAUAAAGUA